CGCCCUGAGCAGCUCAAGUUGAAAGCGACUGAACUUCACCACGACACUUCAGGGAAAAGCUAAACUAUAUUUUUAAAGACAAACAAUGAGUUAUUGAAACGCAUAAGCUCAAGUUGGCGCUUUUUCCUCACGCCUAAACCUGCAUAAGCUUAGUUAUCGGUAAAUAGGUACAUUGUGCAGCGAAGAUUGCGCACGGCGCACAGGGACAGAUCAUGCACUGUCAAGCCGAGUUGAGGCUCUCCUCCCCCGGGCAGCUGAAGGCUGCUAGGCGGCGCUACAAGACUUUCAUGAUUGACGAGAUCCUCUCCAAGGAGACUUGUGAUUAUUUUGAGAAACUUUCUCUCUACACGGUGUGUCCUUCACUCAUUGUUCGGCCGAAGCCCCUUCAUUCGUGUUCGGGCUCCUCGUCACUACGUGCCUAUCCGCUUCUCUCAGUGAUCACCCAGCAGCCUCCCAACCUGCCCUCCCACCUCUCCGAGCCGUCAUCUCCAGGCCGAGUCCCCUCACACCUGCCCUUGCUCUCACCGCAGCAUCCGCUAGGCUCAGAGCCCUUGCCCAGCCAGACGCCCCUCAGCAUCAGCAGCGAGUCAGAUACAGAGCGCAGUACACCUCGGCUGAAGAAGCCACGUCGCAGUCGUACCAUCUUCACCGAGCUGCAGCUGAUGGGCCUGGAGAAAAAGUUCCAGAAGCAAAAGUACUUGUCCACACCUGACAGGUUAGACCUGGCACAGUCGCUUGGUCUCACACAGCUUCAGGUGAAGACAUGGUACCAAAACAGGCGUAUGAAGUGGAAGAAAAUGGUGCUCAAAGGAGGUCACGAGGCCCCGACUAAGCCCAAGGGAAGACCCAAGAAGAACUCUAUUCCUACCACAGAGGAAAUAGAGGCUGAAGAGCGAAGAAUGAAGAUGGAGGAAGAGGAGAGGAUGAGGAGAGUGGCUGAGGAAGCACUGCUGGCUCACAGAGGAGAGGCAUCUCAGCGUGAACCUCAAGAUCUCAGCUCAGAAACUCACAAUCCAGCUGGUGCAAUGGAGGAAUCUGAGCGAGAGCUGCCACUCCUAGUGCAGUCAGAGACUCACGCAGCCAGCUAAGCAAGAACAAAGCAAUGAAAGACUAAUGCCAACCUGAAAACAAGUGUAUGCCUCAGGAUCACUGUAAAAAA